AUGUCAAAUCAGUGUCACGUCGUUGAUUUUCACGAUAAGUGCGUGUAUAAAGACUGCACGAAUUCAAGAUCCCAUGGAAAACGGUUAUAUAGAUUUCCGCUAAAGACAGAUGAAAGACAUAAUUUGUGGAUAUGCAACAGUGGAAAGAAAUUGUGCUGCCGAGACGGUGCCAAUAACGGCAACGAUGCCGACGACUGCGACGACGGUAACGAUGCCAGCGACGGCGACGACGGUGACGAUGUCGGCGACGAUGCCAUCGAUGAUGCCGGCGACGGCGACGACGGCGACAAUGCCGACGAUGAUGCCGACGACGGCGACGACGGCGACGAUGCCGGCGAUGAUGCCGGCGACGGCGACGACGGCGAUGAUGGCGACGAUGUCGGCGAUGAUGCCGGCGACGGCGACGAUGUCGGCGAUGAUGCCGGCGACGGCGACGAUGUCGGCGAUGAUGCCGGCGACGGCGACGAUGUCGGCGAUGAUGCCGGCGACGGCGACGAUGUCGGCGAUGAUGUCGGCGACGGCGAUGCCGGCGAUGAUGCCGGCGACGGCGAUGCCGGCGAUGAUGCCGGCGACGGCGACGAUGGCGACAACGGCAUCAACAUUGUCGAGGAUGGGGAAGAGGAAGAGGAAUACGAGGCAGGGGCAGAGAAGGACAAGGAAGAGGAGGACGAGGAAGAGGAGGACUAG